AUAUAUUUUUAAUUGCAUAUAUAUAAGAGCAAAAAGAUCUAUGGUGUAAGGGUCUUGAGUACUCUUGAGUUGUGAGUUUUUAAGAUAUUGAGAAAAUAAUGAGUAGUGAAGGAAAUAAGGUAGUGUGUGUAAGUGGAGCAACAGGUUUCAUAGCUUCAUGGCUUGUGAAACUCUUAUUACAACAUGGAUACACUGUCAAAGCCUCGAUUCGUAACCCAAUAGAUGAUUCAAAGAAGAUAGAACACUUGGUUUCAUUAGAUGGAGCUAAAGAAAGACUUCAUCUAAUUAAAGCAAAUUUAAUAGAAGAUGGAUCUUUUGAUGAAGUGGUUGAUGGAUGUGAAGGUGUUUUUCACACAGCUUCACCUGUUUUGUUUUCAUCUACUGACCCAAAGAAAGAACUACUUGAUCCAGCAGUGAAGGGAACACUUAACAUUCUGAGAUCAUGUGUGAAACUUGGAUGUGUGAAGAGGGUGGUUCUAACAUCUUCCAUGGCUGCAGUUAUGUAUAAUGGAAAAUCUUUGAAUAACCCUAAUGUAGUUCUUGAUGAAACAUGGUUUUCAGAUCCUCUCUAUUGUGAGGAGUUGAAGAGUUGGUAUGCUCUUUCAAAAAUAUUGGCAGAAAAGGCUGCUUGGGAAUUUGCAAAGGAAAACAAAAUUGACUUGGUCACAUUACUUCCAACCUUUGUUAUUGGUCCAGCCUUAUCACCCACUCUUUGUCAAAGUGUAGAGAUGAUUUUGAAUCAAAUAAAGGCUCAAACAUUCCCCAAUAGAGUUUAUAGCUAUGUUGAUGUGAGAGAUGUUGCAUUGGCACAUCUUCAAGCAUUUGAAGUUGCUUCAGCUAAUGGAAGAUACUGUUUAGUUGGACAUACUCUCCACAUUUCUAAGGUUAUGAAGAUUUUAAAAGAGCUCUAUCCGGCUUUAACCAUUCCCGAAAAAUGUGAAGAUGAUAUGCCUCUCAUAACAUCAUGCCAAAUAUCAAAUGAGAAAGUAAUGAAUUUGGUCAAAAAUUUCAUUCCUUUAGAAGUGAGUCUACAUGACACUAUUGAAGACCUCAAGGCAAAAGGAUUAUUUCAUUAACUUAAGCUUUCCAAGUAAUAUUUAACAAUGAAAAGGGAUAUCAUAUACAUAUGCAUAUAAAUGUAUAUGUUUAUAUAUAAUUAUAUAUAUAUAUAUAUAUAUAUAUAUUUAUCUAGAUUGAAUAAAAGUUACUGAAAAAUAAGGCAUCCUUCUUCUCAUCAUUUUUCUUUAUGAACACUUUUGACUUUUGUUAAUACCUUCUUUGUGGCAUUCAAAUUAAGAAGCUUGAUUAGCUAUUGAUGAUUUUA